AAACUAUAUGAUAUAAACCCAGCCAUUCAAAAAAGCUACCACAUGGUUGUGUUUAUGUCAUGGAAUCCAAAUCAUAAAUUCAACCAACCACCUUCCGGUAAAUUUACACAUGAUCGGUCGUAACAUGUCUCCGACAACUACCUUUAACCACCCCCAAUUUCAUUCCUGUUAAUUAAGGUCUCACAAUCCAGAACCCCCGUUCUCUUUCUCUCGCUGAUUCCUACUACUACAACUACCAGAAACUCAGACCGUACGUGCUCAUAGAGAGAGACGCCAUGGUGCCCGGGGUUGCCACUGCACAGCCUCUUUUUUCAUUUGGAUUGAUUUCUGACGUCCAAUAUGCCGACAUUCCUGAUGGUCGCUCAUUCCUUGGUGUUCCACGGUAUUAUAAGCAUAGUAUUCUUAUUUUGCAGAGAGCAGUUAAAGAAUGGAAUGCUCAUCAGAAGCAUAAGUUUGUGAUUAAUUUUGGCGAUAUUGUUGAUGGGUUUUGUCCCAAAGAUCAAUCUAUUGAUGCUGUAAAGAAAGUUGUGGAUGAAUUUGAAAUGUUCAGGGGACCUGUGUAUCAUAUGAUUGGAAAUCACUGUCUGUACAAUCUUCCUCGAAGCAAGUUACUUCCAUUAUUGAAGAUCCAAACCCUUGAUGGUUGUGCUUACUAUGAUUUCUCACCAGUUCCGGAAUAUAGAUUUGUAGUUCUGGAUAGCUAUGACAUCAGUGCCAUUGGGUGGUCUCGAGAUCAUCCAAAAACAUUGGAGGCCUUGAAAUUGCUAAGAGAGAAGAAUCCAAAUGAAGAUAAGAACAGUCCAACAAACUUGAAGGGGCUUGAAAGAAGGUUUCUUAUGUUUAAUGGAGGCAUUGGAAAGGAACAAAUGGAUUGGCUAGAUGGUGUUCUCCAGAAUGCAACCAAAUUGAAACAGAAGGUGGUUGUCUCUUCCCAUCUGCCUCUAGAUCCUUGUGCUACAUCCGAGGAGGCGCUGUUGUGGAAUUGUGAUGAAGUGAUGAAUUUGAUACACAGAUACAAAUGUGUUAAGGUCAUUCUUGCUGGACAUGAUCAUAAAGGUGGGUACUCCAUUGAUUCUCAUGGGGUACACCAUAGAGUUUUUGAAGCCGCGCUUGAAUGUCCUCCUGGCACAGAUGCAUUUGGAAGCGUUUAUGUCUAUGAUGACAGGAUAUCACUGGUAGGAACUGACAGAAUGGCGAGUACAGACAUGCAUUUUAGUCCUCAAUAAUUUCAAUUUGUAUGACAUGAUGUGUUGAUGUUUGGAAGACACAUUCUUUGAUCAAUAAUUAAUGUGAUCUCUAGAGUACUACCCAAGUUGGAAUAACGCAGUUGCGACUGGUACCGGGAAUUUGCAAGUUCUUGAAUCAACAUGCUCCUUCCUGUUGAGAGAGGCAAGAAUGCACGUGCAUCAUUUUGGAGUCACCCAUGUAUGUGAUUUGUAAAUCUGUUGUGCAAUUUUGCUUAAUUGCUUUGCAUAGUUUAGUGAAAACCUUGUUGUGAUCAUGUAUGUUAUGUAUUGUUUGAGUGAUUUACAAUUUUUUUUAUCACUUUUCCAUACUAAA